AUGCGGCUUGCAUCAUGGAUUAACAAGGGCCUGGAUUGGGCGUUGUCCGACAAGGUGAUGACGCUGCAGAAGCGCGUCAAGAGCAUGAUGGAGAAGAACACCAGUCUUGCCGACGUGAUCCAGCGGUUCUUCGGCAUGCCGCACGAAGAAAUAUGGAAGCUGCUUUUCAAUGCCCAGAAGACGUGGCCGGAAACGACUAAAGACCUCGGCCUCGACUGCGCUCAUCCAGCUACUCCAGCGCCGGAGAAGAAGGGCAAGGAGGCCAGAAGUGGCCUUUGCCGUAAAGGUACUUCGGACAUUGCGUCCGAAGAUACCGAAGCUCUCCCCUCCCACGAGGGAGAUGAAGACGAAGAGGAAGAGGAGGAGAGCAAUUCUCCCCUUAAGGGGGGAAAGAAGAAAAUUGGGGCUUCCGUGGACCUAGAGGCGGAGGCGUCCAAGACGGGGAAGAUCUCCCUUUCGGACUAUUCGGAAUCGGACGCCAAAGCCGUCCCUGAGUGGCACCCUAGGCCAAAGCCCCUGGCCGAAUUUCCGGCCCGUGAUCUCCCCCAACAAUCAUCGUCUUUCAGGAAUUCUUUGGCUCCGGAGAUGAUGGAGAGUGAAACGCCUCCACGAGCCUCUCCGCCUCAUGCCGCGGACGACACCGAGGUGUUGUCCCAGAGGACCUCUCCGGGCCAGAGAGAGGUGCAGAAGGCCGCAGAAACGACGCCAGAGGCUUCAGCCAAGGACGCGGAAGUGUCCGAACUCCAGCGGAAACUGAAGCUGGCCGGUGAUGAGAUCGACCGUAUUAACAAGCGGUUCGAUGAGGACCAAGGCACCGCAACCGAGGUCGAGACCCUCAAGAGUGCCCUUGCCGAAGCCAAGGAGGAGGCGAGGGCAAGCAAAGCAGCCGCUAAUAAAGCGGCUGCGGAAGUAGAGCCCGAAAAGGUCGCCCGCCGCAAGUAUAAGGAGAGGGUGACCGAAGUGGAGCAAGCGCUCCAGGAUGCCGCCAACAAGUGUGAGUCCUUGGAGGAGAGUAACAAGGCCCAAGGGGCCGAACUCACCAAGGCUCUUUAA